UCGUUAUCCUUCAUUCAUUCAGUACAAUGAGCACUCAACAUGCUCAUCAACCAUCUCAAUCGACGACAUCCGUCACGCGACCGCCAGUGACUGUAGGACAAACCACACACCUCGACCCGGGUGCAUACGUCCGUGGCACACAUGCCAUCACACUAGGUGAACAUAUUCUCAUCCACCCACGCUCUCAACUCAUAGGCGUCCACGGCCCGCUUUCAAUCGGCGACAAAUGCAUCAUCUCAGAGAAAGCCAUCAUCGGAGGUCCUGUGCAGACAUCAUCCAGUACUACUGAUUCAUCUGGGAGGCCACCGGGAGGAAGUGCCCAACCGAGCCCCCUGAUAGGUCAGGAGGUAGACGACGACAAUUCCGACAUAGAUCCGGUCAAGACGACAAUAGGAUCGAAUGUCUUCAUACAUGCCAGCUCACAGAUUCAAGCUGGAGCAACUAUCAAAGAUGGUGUCUUGAUCGAGCCUCACGUCACCGUACUCGCCGGCGUGACGGUGGGAUCACACGCCAAAGUCUGUGCCGGCGUCACAGUAGAUCACGAUGUGGACGAAUGGUGUGUCAUAUAUGGCAAGGGCAACAUCAAACGACGGAGGAAACAGACAGGGUCGAAUGCGGCGGAUGAUGAUGCGGCAGGGCAUGCCGAAGCAGUCGAAACGAUGAGGCUGAAAGCUAUGGACAAGGAACGGGAGGGAACGACUACAAUAUUGAAAAUGGCAGCUAGAAUGGCAACCAUGGCCAAGAAGAAAUAGUCCUUGGAGGCUGUCGCGGCUCAAGCUCGUUGUAGAAUUAUGGUUACGAAGAGUCGAGCUGAUGGUCAGCGAAAGUCCCAUCCCAAAGAAGGGAACCAUGGAGGAUUCGCCUUUCUUGGUCAUUUAGCACAACACUGCAGGUAGUACAUUGAAUCCUAAUAACAGGUUGUACAGG